AUGGCCAGGAAAGGAAUCCAUCCUCUUCUUCGCAGAGUUCAGUACGUCGGCACGAACGGACAAACCUAUCAGUUGUGGUCGACGGUCAAACACCACCAGGAUCGAUUUUUCUUGUCGCAAGACCAAUACACGCAUCCAGCUUGGACUGGGAUUCCUCCAAAAAGCGCGGCGACGGGACAGGCGGCGAAGUUCAAGAGACGAGGGUUUGACUUUUUGAGCGGGUUGAAAGGGAGAGCGACUAAUCAGCAGCAACAAGGCGCGAAGAAACAACCAACGAAGAAGUAA